ACGUUAGCAAAAAGGUUCCAAAACACAAACAAAAGUAGAAAUGCUUCUCUUUUUAAAAUCAAUAAGUUUCAGAUCAGUCAAUCCACAAAAUCAAGAAUCAGAUCAACAAGAUAUGAAGAACAAUAGCUGCAGGGAAUUAGCUACAGCUACUUCAACUUCAUCAUCAUGUAUAUCUCUAACAGUUUGGAGAAAAUCACUUAUUUUCAGCUGUAAAGGUUUCACAGUAAUCGGAUCUGAUGGUAGUUUAGUGUAUAGGGUUGAUAAUUAUUCCGGCGGCCGCGGUCAAAUCACUCUCAUGGAUGGCUCUGGAAAACCUAUCCUCACCAUAUGUCGCCAUAAGACGCUAAGGCUAGCAGACAACAAUUGGUUCAUAUAUGAAGGAGAAGUUGGGAAUGAUAAGUACAACAGUAGUAGUAGCAAGUCUUCAUCGUCAAGAAAGAAGCCUAUAUUCUCUGUAAAAAAACAAAUGAAGAUUUUACACAGUAACAUCAACGUUCUUGCCCAUGUUUAUUAUCAAGGAAUAUCUAAGAAGAGAUAUUCUUAUAUUAUUGAAGGGUCAUAUGCAAACCGAUCAUGCAAAGUGUUGGACGCUGAGUCAAGAAAUGUUGUAGCAGAAAUAAGGAAGAAGAAAGCAGUAACUGACGGUGUAACUUUUGGAUUAGAGGUUUUUGUAUUGGUUGUAAUGCCAGGAUUCGACUCUGGAUUUGCCAUGGGUAUGGUGUUGUUGCUAGAUCAAAUGUUCUCCUAACUUGUUUCAACAUGCAUGUAUUGUGUAUUGUAUUUUCUUGAGAGAAUGUGAUGUUGUAUAUAUAUUGUCUUGGGCAUCCUCCAUUCAUGAAAGAAAAAAUUGGGAGUUCGGCGAAGGCCAAGGUCAAUUUUCUUAAUAUAUAUCAGAGUCAGACUCA